AUGGCGGCCAACAUCGAGGACCGCCAGCACAUCCACACUGUAUUCCUUCUUCCCCGAGGGAGCAGCGAUGCUGGAUUCGGUCGUUGAACGUUUCUUUUUCUCUCUCUCCAUUGUUUACCGUUUUCCCCUUCUUGACGUAAUUAGCUUCUUCCUUUCGGGUGUUGUACUACUCCUCGUUUGCUUUGAUGUGUUAAUUUCAUAAUGUUGGUUCUGUCCGCCGGGACCAGGGGAUCCGUGAUCCCCAUUGCCAUUCUCCUGACAUGCAGCUGGCUGCUCCUCCUUCGCGUCCGUAUCCAGUGGGACUGGUUUCCCUUUGCCGCCCAAGAACCGCCUGUCGAGAUCGUCGUGGCGAGCGUCAGCACCGAGGACACCACCUGGGUGCAUCGCUUCCUCCCGGGCUGGGCCCGCAGUGUCUACAUCGUCGACGACCCUUCGGCCAAGCUGACGGUGCCCGAGAACAAGGGCCGCGAGGCCAUGGUCUACCUGAGCCACAUCGUCGCCAACUACGACACCCUCGCCGAGACGACCGUCUUCAUCCACGCCUCGCGCUUCGCCUGGCACAACGACAACCCGGACUACGACGUCCUGCCGAUGCUGCGCAACCUCAAGCUGGACUACGUCCAGGCCUCGGGCUACGUCAACCUGCGCUGCGUCCAGGUGCUCGGCUGCCCCGUCGAGAUCCGCCCGCACGCCGACGAGGCCUCGGCCUGGGAGCGCAGCAUCGGCGCCGCCCGCUCCGGCCGGCCGCUGACCGCAAAGGAGAUAUACAAGCAGGCCUUCCAGGAGCUGAUGCCGGGCGUGCCGGUGCCCGACAGGGUCGGCGUCAGCUGCUGCUCGCAGUUUGCCGUCUCGCGCGAGGCCAUCCUGAGCCGCCCCAGGGACGACUAUGUCCGCUGGCGCGACUGGCUGUUGGAGACCCCACUCGCCGACGAUCUGAGCGGGCGCGUCUUUGAGUAUCUGUGGCAUAGUGAGUAGAAGACGGAUGCUGGGGCAGGGCACCAUGGCCUCCAGGGUGGUCGACACGGGCUGACAGUAGCUGUAGUCAUCUUCGGCAAAGAGGCCGUGUAUUGUCCGUCUGCAUCCGCGUGCUACUGCCAGCUGUUUGGACAGUGCGACCUCGAAUGCGACGAGAUGCAAUGCAAGGACCGAUAUGUAUUGCCGAAGUACGCGGCCCUGCCGCAAGGUUGGCCGAGGUAUGGUUACUCCGGGGAAGAGAGAAACUUCACUGGUCCCCUAGUCAACCAUAUCUUCCCGCAUGAUAGUGAUGCUGAUCGAUCGGGAAGCGAAGGACAAGGCGCACAGAAAGCAUCCUCAUCGCUGCCUGGCUAGACACUGGUUGCUUAACCUGUCGUAGUGGUCGAUCGGAUCCAUUUAUGGUUUGUAAGG